AUGGAGAAGAUGGUAAAAUUUGCUCACAGUUUGUUUAGGGAACAGCUGUGGAUGUAUUCAAUUGCAUUUAUUGUCAGAUUAGUCCUUGUGUUAUAUGGAGUUUACCAGGACCAUACAAUGAUCGUGAAAUACACAGAUAUUGAUUACCAUGUCUUCACAGAUGCUGCUCAAUAUGUCACUCAGGGAUUGUCACCUUACCGGAGAGCAACCUAUCGUUAUACUCCAUUACUUGCCUGGAUCCUAACUCCAAACGUCUACAUCUCAGAGCUAUUUGGGAAGGUGCUAUUUGUGUGGUGUGAUGUAGUUGCUGCCUACUUAAUCCACAGAAUCUUGAGACUGCAAGGAUUAGACAAGCACUCUGCGAAAAAGUAUAGUGCUUUCUGGCUUUUUAACCCUUUACCAAUGGCUGUGUCCAGCAGAGGAAAUGCAGAAUCUAUUAUGGCUGUGCUUGUCCUGGCAGUAUUGUAUAAUGUGCUGAAGCAUAAUCUUGUCAAAGCUGCACUUCUCUAUGGUUAUUCUGUGCACAUGAAGAUUUACCCAGUAGCUCUCCUUCUACAAACUGUACUAUAUCUGCAAGCACAGAGGACUAAGAAAAAAAAAGACACAUAAAGGAAAGUUUUCUAUACCCAAAUGGUUUGACAUGGCGUGGGAUAGGCUUGAGAGGCUGCUAACUUGGGAUAUUUUUUGUCUUUGGAGCUGUCAUGAGUCUGACACUGCUGAUGCUAAACUGUGCUUUUUAUUAUAUGUAUGGUUGGGAUUUCUUUGAGCACACAUAUCUGUACCAUUUGACACGAAGAGAUAUACGGCACAAUUUCUCUCCAUACUUCUACAUGUUGUACAUUAAAGCUGAAAGUGACUGGAGUUUCAGCCUGGGUCUCAUGGCUUUUCUUCCUCAGAUGCUAUUGCUCUGUGUGGUAUCUGGAACCUAUUAUUAUAAGACCUGCCAUUCUGCUGCUUUCUCAAUAUCUCUAUUUUUGUGAGCUUCAACAAAGUAUGUACAUCUCAGUAUUUCCUCUGGUAUCUCUGUCUCCUGCCACUCAUUAUGCCUGGGCUGCAGAUGUCAUUGCGACAUGGAACAUUCCUGCUAAUUUUAUGGUUUCUUGGACAGGCUUUGUGGCUGUCUCCAGCCUACUUUCUGGAAUUUGAAGGAAAAAAUACAUUUUUACAAGUGUGGCUAGCUGGAUUGCUCUUUCUCGUUAUAAAUUGUUACAUUCUCACACAAAUAAUAUCUAGAUACAAACUAAAGCAAUUUAAACAAAGCAAAAGAUAAAUGGCAAUAG